UGCCCCUCAAGUGUGCGCUGGUCUGAUUUCCCUUCCUCUGCCCUAGGAGAUGGAUUUGGAGCUGCGGGGGAGUGGCCUGGAGCCAGUGGGGCACUACGAAGAGAUCGAGAUCUCAGAGAGCAGCGUCAAUAACGGUCCUGAGCGUAUCGGGCCCCACUGUUUCGAGCUGCUGCGUGUCCUGGGCAAGGGUGGCUACGGCAAGGUGUUCCAGGUGCGGAAGGUGCAGGGAACCAACGCCGGGAAUAUCUUUGCCAUGAAAGUCCUGAAGAAGGCCAAGAUCGCCUGCAACGCCAAGGACACAGCUCACACCAAGGCUGAGAGGAACAUCCUGGAGGCCAUCAAACACCCCUUCAUCGUGGACCUGAUCUACGCCUUCCAGACAGGUGGCAAGCUCUACCUCAUCCUGGAGUGCUUGAGUGGUGGAGAGCUCUUCAUGCAGCUGGAGCGUGAGGGCAUUUUCCUGGAGGACACGGCCUGCUUCUACCUGAGUGAGAUCACGCUGGCCCUGGGCCAUCUGCACUGCAAUGGUAUCAUAUACCGGGACCUCAAGCCGGAGAACAUUAUGUUGAACAGCCAAGGGCACAUCAAGCUGACCGACUUUGGACUGUGCAAGGAAUCGAUCCACGAGGGAGCUGUCACCCACACCUUCUGUGGGACCAUUGAAUACAUGGCUCCAGAGAUCCUGAUGCGGAGUGGUCACAACCGGGCCGUGGACUGGUGGAGCCUCGGGGCCUUGAUGUACGACAUGCUCACUGGAUCGCCGCCCUUCACGGCCGAGAACCGGAAGAAAACCAUCGACAAGAUCCUCAAGGGGAAGCUGGUGCUGCCUCCUUACCUGACCCCCGACGCCCGUGACCUGCUCAAGAAGUUCCUCAAAAGAAACCCCAACCAGAGGAUUGGGGGCGGGGCAGGCGACGCGGCCGACGUGCAGAAGCAGCCGUUUUUCCGCCAUGUCAACUGGGACGAGCUGCUGGCGCGCAAGCUGGACCCGCCCUUCAGGCCCUGCCUGCAAUCCGAUGACGACGUCAGCCAGUUCGCCACCCGCUUCACGCGGCAGACGCCCGUGGACAGCCCUGACGAUGCCACCAUUAGCGAGAGUGCCAACCAGGCCUUCCUGGGCUUCACGUAUGUGGCCCCGUCGGUGCUGGAAAGCAUUAAGGAGGGCUUCUCCUUCCAGCCAAAGGUGCGCUCCCCUCGCCGCCUCAACAGCAGCCCCAGGACGCCCGUCAGCCCAGUGAAGUUCUGUCCCUUCGAGGCCUUCAAGCCCAGCCUGGUGGUGGAGCCCAUGGAGCUGGGGCCACCCCUGGUGCUGCCCCCACCAGAAGGCACGGCCCCCCUGCCCAUCAAGACGCCGACGGGCACCAAGAAGCAGAAGGGGAGCCGGGGGCGGGCGGCAAGGUAGCCUGAGGUGGGCGUGGUGCCCCUGCCUGGGCAGGAGGCUCAGCUUGGGCCAGCCAGAGGCUCCCGUGGAGGUGCCCAGCCUGUCGGUGACCCAUGGGGUGGACAUAGCCCCAUGGCAGUUGAGUGGGGCUAGGGGGCAUCGGGGCCCCCAGCCCGGAUGGACUCAGGAGGAGAUGCUCUGUCAGGGCCGCACUUCCAGCGGGCAGAGCAGUCCCAGCUAGGGAGGGCAGGGGGUGCUGGGUACGUCCUGAAAGGCCUCAUGGCCCUGGGCUACAGCUCCCACCCAGGGAGCGUUUAACCCUUUCCUUGGUGCUCAGUAUUAUUGCUACAAAUCAUGUUUGCGAUUCAGGGGGCAGAGCCCUGUGGGAGUGAUGGUGGGGGGAGGGGUCGGUGCCAGAGGGGAGCAGGGCGUGCGGGGUAGAGUACGGCGUGGGGCUCCGCGUGUGCUGGGGAGGAAGCAGAGUGUGGCUGGGGGAGCUGGGAGGGAAGGGUGGGGGGAGCGGGUGUAUGUGGAAGGGUUGAAGCCGGAGGGGGUGCAGUGUGUGAGGGGGAAGCCGGGGAACUCAGCAACAGAGAAGUGACCCCUGUUUGUCUCACUUGGGAGGGAGGGUUACUGGCUUGUCUGCUGUAUCCUUUGGGGAGUGGGCAGCCCCUCUCAGUGCCAAUUAAAGCCUGUAUAUGGCUGUGC